AUGACAGAGCACAACUACCAAACAAGGAGUAGAGGCAAGGUAUACGCAGAUACGGAAAAUGGCUACCUCUCGGACGAUUCGGUAGCAACCGCAGAUGGGUCUGACUACAUGGACCAGGAUGAGGAGCCGGUGCGGGCGGAGCUGAUUGCUGCAAAGCCCAAAGCUCGGAAGUCCGGAUCGCGGAAGUCGAAGGCCAGCGAUGGUGGCGCCGAUACAUUUAAUAAGUUGGCAGCGAAGGACGAGAAUUUCCUGAACCGGCUGAGUCUCGAUGUGCCCCCAGACUUCAUUCCAGAUGCGGUCUCGGGCAUGUUCCGGUCGAGUGACUUCAGCUACCUGAAGCUGAAGCCGGACCACGCAUCGCGGCCUCUGUGGAUAGCACCCAACGACGGGCGCAUUAUCCUGGAGAGCUUUUCGCCUCUGGCUGAACAGGCACAGGACUUUCUCGUUACGAUUGCAGAGCCUGUCAGUAGGCCUUCGCAUGUCCAUGAGUACAAGAUUACUGCGUACUCCCUUUAUGCGGCGGUGUCCGUUGGGCUGGAGACGGAUGACAUUAUUGCAGUGUUGGAUCGGUUAUCCAAGGUUCCUGUAGCAUCUUCGAUCGUCAACUUCAUCAAGGGUGCUACAGUAUCCUACGGUAAAGUGAAGCUGGUGAUCAAACACAAUAGGUACUUUGUAGAAACGUCGCAAGCCGAUAUUCUACAGAUGCUGUUGAAGGAUAAGGUCAUUGGGCCUCUUCGCAUUGACAGCACUGAUGCCAAGCCAGCAGCCGCGUUAAAUCCUGCAGCGGCUGGAAACGGGGCAGCAGCACCCGUAGACCAAAAUGAUGUCGAAGCGGUUUUCAGUUCGAUUGUCGGAGGUGACAACGACCUGGAGGAAGAGGAUGAUGAUAUCGACGCAGUACAUUCCUUUGAAAUUGAUCGUGAAAGUGUUGAAUUGGUUAAGCGGAGGUGUCAAGAAAUUGACUACCCCGUCCUGGAGGAGUAUGACUUUAGAAAUGACAACAGAAACCCUGAUCUGGAAAUCGAUUUGAAGCCGUCGACUCAAAUUCGACCUUAUCAGGAAAAGUCAUUGAGUAAAAUGUUCGGUAAUGGUCGUGCCAGAAGUGGAAUUAUUGUGCUGCCGUGCGGUGCGGGGAAGACGUUAGUUGGUAUUACUGCAGCCUGUACGAUUAAGAAAUCGGUUAUCGUUUUGUGCACCUCCUCGGUCUCUGUUAUGCAAUGGAGACAGCAGUUUUUACAAUGGUGCACCAUUCAACCGGAAAAUGUUGCUGUAUUCACCUCUGACAACAAGGAAAUGUUUCAGACAGAGUCGGGUCUCGUUGUGUCUACAUAUUCGAUGGUUGCAAAUACCAGAAACCGGUCGCAUGAUUCGCAGAAGGUAAUGGACUUUUUGACUGGGAGAGAAUGGGGGUUUAUUUUAUUAGAUGAAGUUCACGUUGUUCCGGCUGCCAUGUUCAGAAGGGUCGUAUCCACAAUCGCGGCGCACGCCAAGUUAGGCUUAACGGCUACUCUAGUGCGUGAAGAUGACAAAAUUAGCGACUUAAACUUUUUAAUUGGCCCAAAGCUUUAUGAAGCAAACUGGAUGGAACUCUCUCAAAAAGGACAUAUCGCAAAUGUGCAAUGCGCUGAAGUGUGGUGUCCCAUGACCGCCGAGUUUUACCAGGAAUAUUUGAGAGAAAAUGCGAGGAAACGGAUGUUGUUAUAUAUCAUGAAUCCUACUAAGUUUCAGGCAUGUCAAUUUCUAAUUCAAUACCAUGAGAAAAGAGGAGAUAAAAUAAUCGUCUUUUCGGACAAUGUUUAUGCGCUACAGGAGUAUGCGUUAAAGUUGGGUAAACCGUUUAUCUACGGUUCUACACCACAACAGGAACGUAUGAAUAUUCUUCAAAACUUCCAAUAUAAUGAUCAGAUCAGUACUAUUUUCCUUUCUAAAGUCGGAGAUACGUCGAUCGAUUUGCCUGAGGCGACCUGCCUAAUUCAAAUAUCAUCACAUUACGGCUCUCGUCGUCAAGAAGCGCAGAGGUUGGGUAGAAUUCUGCGUGCUAAAAGAAGGAAUGAUGAAGGUUUUAAUGCAUUUUUCUAUUCUCUGGUUUCUAAGGAUACGCAGGAGAUGUACUACUCGACUAAAAGACAGGCGUUCUUGGUCGAUCAAGGAUAUGCAUUUAAGGUCAUCACGCAUCUUAACGGCAUGGAAAGUCUUCCAAAUCUUGCAUAUGCUUCAGCCAGAGAACGCAGGGAAUUGCUCCAGGAGGUUUUGUUGAAGAAUGAAGAAGCAGCUGGUAUCGAGAUUGGUGAAGAUUCUGAAAACUUUGUAGGUCGUGGCGCCGGUGCAAUUAAGCGUAUGAAGUCGAAGGCAGUGAAGGGUGAAGGUUCUCUAGCCGGUCUUGCGGGUGGAGAGGACAUAGCUUAUUUGGAGUACUCCUCCAAUAAGAACAAGGAUUUGAAGGAUCACCAUCCGCUUAUCAGGAAAAUGUAUUACAAAAAUGUUAAAAAAUAA